UAUCAUAUCAGAAAUUACGUAACAAACGUUUCAACCAAAAGACGUUACAUGAUUCACUUUUUGAUCACACAACAUCUUGCACUUUUAUCUUAUUUGUGGGGAAGGGGGGUGGUGGUGUAACUUGAAUACUGACACGUACGCUCAGGUUAUAUUUGACAUCAUCACGAUAACAUCAAAUCUAUCGCAAGUUAAAGAAACACACACACACAAAAAAUACAGACAAAUACUAAGUGACAAGACGGCAUGUAUGCGUGAUAUAGUAUAUAAAACGGAUCCGAUGAGACCAAAGGACAAGAUCGUCUCGAAGAGCUCAGGUGGUGGUGAUGGACACACUUUCCUGGCUCUUUUGACGUGCACUCUUGAGUUUCGCUGGUUGGCAAAACGAGAUCGUCAGUGUGUGUGACACCUACAUCCUCAAGACUGGAGCCGGGACAACAGGUCGCAGACUUCGCCAAUUACUUCAGGGUCAGUGGUGCCGGUGGCCAUGUCUUCGACAUCCUGCUGCAACUGUACCUUCCAGGACACGCAGUUCCUGGCAGGAUCUUGUGGCGCUUCAUUCACACUCUUCAUGGGUCUAGUGGAGUAUCUCGUGAGAUCACAGGAUGACAUUGCUGAUUCGUGCAACCGAUCGGGCCGAGACAGGGUUAAGGGAAUAGAGAAUUCUGAGUACGACUUCCUUGUGGUUGGUGCCGGGAUUGCUGGUUCAGUGGUGGCUUCUCGUCUAGCCGAGAACCCGGACUGGAAGGUGUUACUGCUCGAGGCGGGCCCCGAGGAACCCACGGCCUCUCUCCUGCCCGCCUUUGCGAUGAGCGCCGUGGGGUCGGAACUUGACUGGAAGUACGAGACGCAGCCACAGAACACGGCCUGCCUCGCCACAGGCGGCGUCUGCAAAUGGCCCAGAGGAAGAAUGGUUUCCGGUACUGGUGGGAUGCAAGGAAUGAUGUACACCCGAGGGAAUCCCAAGGUAUACAACGACUGGGCUAAACUCGGAAACGACGGCUGGAGCUACGAGGAAGUUCUGCCUUACUUCAUCAAAGCAGAGAAUAACAAGAACCCCGAGCUUACCGAGGAAAAUUACCAUGGCAACGAAGGCCCCCUUGUGGUUCAACACUUCCCAUACCAUCCACCUCUAUCUGAAUCUAUAGUUGAAGCAGGAAAAGAACUAGGAUACAGAACAGGAGAUCUAAACGGUGUGAAUCAGACAGGAUUCGCUAUAGCUCAGAUGAUGGUCGAUAAUGGUUUGAGAGGAAGUACCUCUAGGAUGUACCUGAGGAAGGCCGGAUCACAGGGUAAUCUAGACGUCUUCAUCAACUCUCAAGUGACACGGAUUCACAUCGAUAAAAGAACAAACCUCGCCACAGGGGUGGAAUUUAUGGAUAAAGACGGUGUUAAGAAGACUGUGCGCGCUAGGAGAGAGGUUAUACUGUCCUGUGGCGCCAUAGGAUCCCCACAGAUUCUCCUCCUUUCAGGUGUUGGUCCGAGUGAAGAUUUGGAAGGUUUGGGUAUCGAGGUCUUAAAAGAUCUUCCUGUGGGUAGGAACCUCCACAACCACGUAUCAGCAGGUGUGGGUUUUUAUAUCAACGACACGAGUUACGAGAUUCUUACUAUGAAAGUCUUGAAAGAAUACCUCGACACACAUGGAGGACCAAUAUCAGGAACUGGAAUAACGCAGACCACAGCAUUUCUUCUAUCUAAAUACGCCAACGACGGCGUUCCGGAUCUGCAGAUAUUCUUCGAUGGUUUCCUGGCAGCAUGCUCUAAAACAGGUUUGGAUAAAGAAUGCACCAACGGCGAAUUUGGAGACUGCGGGAGACGAUAUAUCAACGCGCGUCCGACGAACAUACUGCCAAAGAGCAAAGGUUACCUCAAACUUAGGAGUACCAAUCCCAAUGACCAUCCUCUCAUCUUUCCUAAUUACUUCUCCGUUGAACAAGAUGCAGACGUCUUGAUAGACGGAAUUAGGCUCGCAAUUAAGUUAUCUCAAACACAAAGCUUGCAGAGAUGGGGAAUGGAAUUGGACAAGACGCCCGCUGACGGAUGUGAGAGGCCACCAUUCGGGUCAGAUGAAUACUGGCAGUGUGUUGUAAGAAGGCACACAGGGCCCGAAAAUCACCAGGCAGGGUCUUGCAAGAUGGGUAAGGCCGGAGACCCCACUGCUGUUGUAGAUCCUCAGCUGAGAGUUCAUGGAAUUCGGAACUUACGAGUAGUAGAUGCAUCAAUCUUCCCGUACGUUCCUAACAGCAAUACUAUUGCAGGCGUUAUUAUGGUAGCAGAAAAGGGUUCCGACAUGAUCAAGAACACCUGGCAAUCCUCAGAUAAAGCAGAUAACGCAUGUCAUAAAUUUGGAACUCCUCAGCACUGCGACCUGAAUUCAAAGCCGAAGACAUCUCAUUCCAUAUUACAACAAUAAGUAGCUGAUUCUACAAUGAUAGACCAGCAAAAACGUUACUGAAUACAUGAAUGGUUCAAUAACAUACUUCAGUGGUUUAUAAGUGAAAUAAAUAUCCAACUAAUAACUUUAGCUUGUCUGUCAACAAAGAACGAUCAAAAUGAAGUGACCAACAAGGAAGUCAAAUAGGAUAAUAAGUUACUUAUAUUUAUUUCAACUAAAUUUACAGCAUCAAACACUUCACGACACUAAAAUUGCAUUCUUCUUGAACGUCAUCCAUCGCCCUCAUUUCUUUUCGAAGAAUUACUUUAGGUGACUGCAAAAUGUCUCCGUCCUCAGGUAGAACCUACUCUGUUGGGACUAGCUCUAUUGAUUGUGCUGUAUAGAAUAGGUUUCACCAGAGGACAGAGACAUAUUCCAGUUUCCGAAACGUAGUUUCGGAAUUAGAAUAAGAACGAUGGAUAAGUGCUUUCAAUCAUAAAAUUAUAUAAUCGUAUACCUAUAUAUAAUAAUCACAGGACGGGUAGCGUUGUAGAUCCUUGAUGAAAACGGAUAGACUCCAUUUCGUAGCAGAAUAUAUAUAACACUAGAGCCAAAUAUUGCUAACUUCUUCGAAGUACGAACUAUAUAACAUUAAAAUCGAAAGAAGAAAACACUACAAAUCAGUGGCGAAGUCAGGAGGCUGGGGGGGGAGGGGGGGCACUUGCCUGAGGCGGGGCACUGAGGCACAAGCACACGAAAGGAGUGAAAACAGAAAAAUUCGUUUACACUGUCAACUUCGUCAACAGAACAUGGUAAGCUUAUAUGUUUACCAAACAUGGUAAGCACGUUGGCUUACCAUGUUACCCUGUUGAAGAAGUUGACAGUGUGGGUGAAGAUGUCAGUUUUCCCUUCUUUUUGUGCUUGUAUCUCUGGGCUCUUACUCGGGUUCAGUGUCCCCUGUCAUCCACUAAAUUCGGGAUCUUGGAAACUAUUUUUCUUCCAUCUAGAACUCCUCAUAAAUGCUACUAAUCACUAUACACAUACACGAAAUUAAACCUUUGCUUUCAUAAUAAACACCUUAAAAUUAUCACGAAACUUCCGUACAGGUGAACUACAUCUGUUUUCCCAUAAAUAAUGCAAAUAAUUUUGACUUUCGGUACAAAACAGCUAAACUAAAAUGAACUGAAGUAUGCCAUGUUGUUAAAACAUAAAUAUGCGUCUUGUUACAUUCUGAUCAAGUGAUUUUACAAAGAGUAAAAAAGGGAGUCCCCCAUUACAGAGUAUAACAAAAGUGAUUAUCAGUAAUACGUCUUAGCUGACAAUAAGAACAUCCAAUUUCAUUAGACACAUUCCCGUACUGAAGAUAGCAGUCUCUGCACCUUGACUUUCUGUUACGCGUGCACUGCUGAAGAUCUUAUUACCAUUCCUGUGAAUCACAGAACGGUUAUGAUAUUGUAUUCUUUUGUAAAUAAUAUUUUUAUAUUACUCCUACAUAUGAAUCAGUUGUUAUGAUUCUAUUUCUCAUAGGGAGGGUAGUGAAUGCUAUUUAAAUAUUUAUACCUCACAACCCAUCGCCGCGGUUAGAGCAAGUAGAAAUCAUGCUUAGAUGCGACUACUCAUGUGAAGAGCUACGUCACACACUGCAUUAAAAGAGCUACCCGCUGGUACUGGUUGAUUAUCUGAUUAUUUAUAAGGCAAAAGAAAACGAGAGCGCAAAGCAGAAAUCAAGUAUGACCUACUCUGUGUUUACUUUAUCCGUACGGCCACUUCCUGUAACUGUGUUCAGUACAUUAGUGUCUUCGUACUAAUUCCGCAACGCAUCAUGUAUGGAACUGUUUUCUCAGAACAAAAUAUACCGCGAUCACACACAAACUGUCACAUAAUCAAAACAUGGGUUUAGUAUCAGUUCAUCAUUAAGACAAAAAUCCACCAACCAUUACAGCAAAUUUGGUAAAACAUAAAUAAACAGAUCUAUCCAUGUAAGAUUUGAGAUCUAUCCAUCAUCCAUCGAAGAAAAAUAGGUGUAAUGUCACAUAAAAGCCUCGUUAAAAGUUUUGUUAGUCUCUUACCCUAAACAUCUUUGCGCUCUCUCCUAUUUUUACUAGUGUAAAUGCAUAAUUGAAAACAAACUUAUGAUGAAUAAACUAUUCAACAAUCACAA